GACGGUAGAACAGCUUGCAAAACAGGAUGAACCACUCGAGCUGAGCCAUCUCACCAUCCCCUUACCCCUUGUCAGCAAGCCUGAGUGACCUGCCCGGACAAGUUUCUGUCACCAAGCCAAUGUCUCAGCCAGUAGGCGAGAAGCAACCAUCCGUGGACAUCGUCUCUGUCGAGACGGCACCCAUCCAGGCUGAUGUCGAGAAGCUAGGGAGAGCCCGUCCGGCCAUCUUCCCCUCUGCCCUCUCCGAGGUUGCUUUCUGUUUCUCAGUCAUGCAAUCCGCCCUCAUGUCGGACUACCUCAUCUCGGGCUUCUCCACCGUCCUCCCAGCCCUCUCCCUCUCCCUAGACAUCCCCCCCGAGUCCCGCACCUGGCCGUCCAGCGUGCUCUCCCUCGUCGCGGGGGCCCUCCUCCUCCCGGUGGGGAGGCUGACAGACAUGUACGGCGCCUACAUAGUCUUCAACGUGGGCUUUGUGUGGUUCGCGCUCUGGAGCCUGGCGGCGGGCUUCACGACGAGCUCGACCGCCCUCAUCGUCUGCCGCGCCAUGGAGGGCGUCGGCGCGUCCUGCAUCCUGCCGUGCGGCAUCACCCUGAUGGGCACCGUGUACCGGCCGGGUCCGCGGAAGAACCUCGUGUUCGCAAUCUACGGCGCCACAUGCCCCAUCGGCUUCUUUCUCGGCAUGUUCGUGGGCGGCAUGUCGGAGCAGUGGCUCAGUUGGCGCUGGUACUUCUGGCUCGGCGCCUUGAUCAGCGCCCUCAGCUGCAUCACCUCGCUGGUUAGCAUCCCCAUCGACUGGGCCGAGGCGAGGGCGAGGAAGCUGCGGAUGGAUUGGUGGGGGACCUGCACGACUGUACCCGGCCUGCUGUUGGCGGUGUAUGCCAUCACGGACAGUAAUAAUGCCCCCAAUGGCUGGGCAAACCCUCGGAUAUGGGCCACCUUUGCCGUCGGAGUCCUCUUCCUUGCAGCGGCUGUCUACGUCGAGGGCUGGGUGGCAGAGAUGCCCCUUUUGCCUGCGGAUAUCUUCAAGGUCAGACACAUGAGUCGGAUGAUUCUUUGUUUGUUUGUGAUAUAUGGCGUGUUCGGCAUCUACCUAUUCUACGCCAACUUCUAUCUCGAGCUGGUCCUUGGGCUGUCACCGUUGAGAACAGCGCUAUGGUUCGCUCCAUGGGCCGUUGGCGGCCUGAUCCUUGCCUCGACGAGCGGGUUCAUCAUGCAUCUGGUCCCCGGCAAGCUCCUCCUCAUCUUCUGCGGCGUCUGCAAGCUCGUCGCCGUCCUCCUCUUCGCCCUCAUGCCCAAGAACCCCAACUACUGGGCCUGGGUGUUCCCCGCCAUGGUGGCCGAGACGGCCUGCGUCGACGUCAUCUACACCGUCAGCAAUGUCUUCAUCACGACGAACUUGCCGAGCCACAGGCAGGGGCUGGCGGGUUCCCUGAUCAGCUGCACGCUAUUCCUCGGCAUCUGCGUGUUCUUGGGCAUUGCCGACCUCGGCGUCGGGAGUACUGGCCACCUGGGCCUGGCGGGGAGCUACAAGGUCGCCUUCUGGAUCGGUGUCGGCUUCGCUGCCGCUGCGUUGAUUAUGCUUGCCACGAUCGACCUUGGGGAGGCGAAGAGCGAUUUGACGGCGGACGAGAAAAUGGGGCUGUCAAGUACCAGCGAGGUUAAUAUGAGCGAUGUGGCUAGUGAAUCACCUGGUAUUCUGUAAUUACCUACUUAUUAGAUAAAGUUUGUUGGGAUCGGUCAUGGCAACUGGGAGCUAGGGGUUAUAUCUAGGACAGGGGUAAGGGGUAAGGGGGUC